AUGAGAAUAAAAGUGUUGUUUCUGAUCUUACUUAUUAGCUAGCUUAUUUACACAUAAAAAAGUAUUCUGAAAUUAGGAACCGAAAUUAAUGAAAUAUCUUUAAAGGAUAAAAAUGAUAGCUAAGUAUUUGAAUUAGAAUCCAGCCCAAAUGAAGAUUAGGCACUAGUUUUUCAAAUAUUUAGCAAUGAAAAGGCAUUCAAUAAUAUCUAGAUUCAGUUAGGUACUUUAGAAGAAAAGAAAGAAGGCGAAAGCUCAAUUAUGGAGUUUAAAAACUCUGAUCACUCUUCUUGCCAAAUGAAGAAAGCUAACCAAAAAUGCUUAUAUCUGAAAAAUGUUUCUUAAGUUAAAGCAGUAAACUUUACAUGCGUAGAAACCCCAUGCUCUGCUAGCUUAAAAGUUUAUAAAAUCAAGCCAACUGCAUUAGAUACAGACAAAGAUUAAUUAGAAAUUACAUACGAAUAAGACAUCAUAUUAGUGAGAUACAAAAUUAUCCCAUCAGAAUUCUUACCUACAAGAACUGUAAUAGAAACCAGACUUCAAAGUGGACUUUCUUAUAAGGUAAAUGAUACUUCGGUAUAAUAUUUUUUACCAUAGAAAGUUGCAAACACAGUAACUAAGAUAGUAGGAGAUAUAAUUCUUACAAAUAUUCGUUAUACUGUUGAUUAUAACAAUAAGGGUGAAAUAGCAUAUUAUGCAAUUUAUUCUGGUAAGAAAAAUAAUAAUAUCAUGAUUAAAUAUAAGCAUUAUACUGACUUUGAAACUAUUGAAAUAAAUAAAGUAUAUACUGAUUACUUUGAAAAAACAUAGUUCCCAAAGAACUUAGCUUAUUAACUUAACGUUAGCAAUUUUUAGGAGUAUGAUUAUAUCAAGUUUAUAUUUAAAUGGUAUGAUUUGAAGUAAGGAGAAGUCAAUAUUUUUGCAAGUUGCUUACAAAACUAAUCUAUGGCUUAAUCAUUUUGGAAUACAAUCUUCUCUCCAAGCAUAGAAUACGAAUCAAAAGAAUCUGAUAGCCAAGUUAACAAGUAAUACUCUUUGGUUGUUUCAUAAAGGACAGCAUAAAAAGUUAAUAUCGAUAAAAAUUCUUUUUAUUAUUUUGGUUUACAAUCAAAGGUUGAUUCAGGCUUCUUUAAAUUUGAGAUUUAGUCCUCGAAAAAGAGUUUGCCUGAAAUUAAGCUAAACGAAUUAAUUGGAGGAAAAGUGAAAGGAGAUGAUAUAGUCAACAUAAUCUUACAUUCUCCUAGGAGUGCUGAUGAGUAUAUCAAGGUUGACUUAAGAAAUAUUAGUGGCGGAUCUAAUCUCUAUUUAAGAGAAUGCAAAUCUACUGAUUGUAUUUCUGAGCUCUAUACCAAUGACAACAAAAAUUAAAUGGAGUCUAAAACAUCUAACUUGGAAAUAGAUUACUAAACUAAAACAAUUUAGUUUAUUCCCAACUGCUCAGACUAAAAUAAAGAAACAUGUCAAUAUAUUAUUGGUUUAAUACCAACUAACAGUUAAUAAGACACAGAAUAUUUAUUGGAAGUAUUCACUAGCUAAUUCAAGGAUCAAUAAUUUAAGUUAACUGAAAAUAAAAUUUUUGAAAACCAAAUUAACAUUGAUGAAUACUAGUUUUAUGCACUUUUCAUUGAUAAAACAUCUGACAUUAAAUCUAUUUCGGUUAAGACUUCUUCUCCACACGUCCAGUUAUAUGCUUCAGUAGAAAAUGAAUGCAUGCAUCCCACUCCUGAUUGUAAAGGUAAGGUACUUUACAAAGGAAUAAACACAAAGCCUAUAGUCAUAAAUAACAAAAAUACUCAAAGAGGAGUUGUUUAUGUUGGAAUCUACGGUUAUACAGCAACAAUCUACACAGUUAUCGUUGAAGUUGACAGAGUUGAUUAGACUUUAAUAACUUAGGUUUAAAGUGGUUCUAUUUAUUAUGGAUAGUUAACUAAAAAUUAGAACAAGCAAUACUUCAUUUUCGAUCCUUAUUCUUCUUUAUCAGAGGAAGAAUAGAAAAAUUACCCAUUUGAAGAUAUUGAAAUCAAUGUCCGCGGAGCUAAAGAUAAAAUAGUGAUUAUGGCUAACAACGAUGGUAGUAUGCCAUAUGAAGGUGAUAAUGGGUUUAUGUGGUCCUCUAAUAAUGGUGUCCUUUUUAUUUCUAGGAAUGAUCUUUAAUUUAAAAAAAAUGCUGUCUACAAGAUCUGCUUAAUGGCCACUGAACACGCUUUUGAUAUUCUCCCUACUGUUAGAGAUGGAUUUUCAAGCUCUAAUGAAAUAUAGUACUAAUUACAUAUCACUUCAGAUGCUCACACCAAAGUAGUUGAACUAGGUAAUACGAUUAAUGAUAUGCUGGAACCAGAAGAUCAAAAAUUAUAUUAAAUCCAUCUUAGUAACUCAGGCAUGUCUUAUAUUAUCUCAACUCAUUCUAAUGACCACGCUAACAAAAGUUUGAAAGUUUUAAUGAAGGUAGGCAGUGCUCCAUUUGAAGAAGGCGAAUCUUAUGAAUUUAAUUAUGACUUUUCUAUCAGUCAAUACCUCCUUAAGGCUGAGGACGUAGAUAAAUUAUGCAAAUAGAAGACCUCUUGUGAUGUCUUUAUAUCGAUCUAAAGCAAAAUGAAUUUGUUCAUUUCGUUUUCUUUGACUGUUUGGAAUAGAAGUACUGCUAUUGAGUUAAAAGAGGGAAUUUAAUUUUAAGACGGAAUUCAUUUUAUUGAUGCUCAUACUAACUUUUACUUUUUCCCCACAAAUAAGGAUCACUCUCUUAACAUCUUUGCUUCGUCCAUUUAUGGACAUACUGGGUUUAAUGUUUAUAUCUUUAAGAAUUCAGAUAAAUUAACUCCCAUGAAUUUACCUUUCCCUAAUUCAUCUGAUGCAGAAAAUUUAGCUAAAUACCACUUUACUUCUGGAAUCCAUAAUUCGCAUUCUAUAACUUUCUAAGCUCAAGCUUUGGAUAAGUGCUGGCCUGAUUGUGUCGUAUUGAUUUCUCUUAGCUACUAUAAGGGACUUCCUAAUGAUGGUGGUGAUCACACUGUCGAUAUUGAAGAAAACCCAGCAGAUAAAGUUUCUUUAGAUAGAAUUAAUGACAAGUAUACUAUCCUCGUUAGCACUAUUUACAGUGAUUUGCAUUUUAACUAAUAGCUUGAAUUUACCAUUGAUAAUUAGCAAUCCAAAUUCUUUUAUCUUAAUCUUAAAAACAUAUUGGCAGAAAAUGACUCAAUUUAAAUAUCUAUGACCACUCUUUCUGGAAAAGCAGCUAUAGGAGCUAUUAUUAAAGACGACACCCACAACAGGUAUCCUAGUGUAGCUGGUGAAACAUUUGAUGUUGUUUCAUAUUCAAACUAUUUGGAAAUCAGCAAUAAAAAGUUACUUUCGGUUAUGAAAAAGUAAAAUAUUACAGCUGAAAGAAAUCCUGUUUUGAUAAUUGAAGUUACUUGUGUAUCUGAAUCAGCUGGUAAAUUUAUUAUGGUUGCUAUGCAAGGAAAUAAUAAUGUAAUUGACGUAAUGCAUGGAAUACCUUAAGAAUUAUAUUUAAAGGAUGGUUAGACUAAAUACUUUAAAUAUUUCCAUUUCACAGAUACAGAUUUCUAAAUAAAACUAUCUCGUGAAAUUGGUUUCCCUGAUAUGCAGCUUCGUGUCUGUAAAAAAGCAAAGACUUCAAGUUUCCAAGAUUUCCAAAAGUGCCUAUAAGAAGUCACUCCUUAAAUAGAUGACUAGCAUACUGCAGGUGAAUCUUCUUCUGUAAUUCACAUAUCUCGUAAUGACACUAAGCUUUACUGCUUAAACUGCUUGUAUAUUAUUGGAUUAGAAGUAGAUAACAAAGCUGAAACUCAUGCUUUCUUGAGUGUUUUGUUACAAUAAGACUUUACAUGGUUAUAAGAAGGUCGUUAGAUUAUAGAUUCAGUCGAUAGUAAAGGUAUAAACUUAUAUAGACUCUCUGUAGACAGUGAUGAAGAGACUUAGAUUACAUUGAAUUCAAUAAACGGUGAAGUAGAACUUUACUACAGCUAUCGUUAUUCUUAUAUAAUUAAAGAUUACAUCGGUCCUCUGAAAGUUAAUCCAAGUGAUAAAUUUAUACAUAAAACUAUUAGACCAAGACAAGACCUUGAAGAUGAUAAAAGUGUUAAUUUAUUUAAUAAGCCCACUAAAAUACCAAAUGCAAAUAAAAACCCAGAUAAAAAGUUUAAUUAUGAUUAAAAUAGCCAAUUUGAUGACUUAAGUGAAUUCUUCUAUGAAUCAGAAAUUUACUUAUGUGUUAAGAAUGUUGACAAGAGAGGUAUUGCCGCUAACUAUUCUUUGGUAUUUAGUGCUGGAGACGAAUAUAGAUACAUUUAUGAUGGUUAGAUUAUGGGUAGCAGUAUUCCCCCUCAAAAAAAGAUAACUUACUUAUAUCAUCAUUUCGAAUUUGAAGCACCAGCUAGAUUAAAUGUAUUCUCUCAUUCUAAAUUUUUCUCUAUGGAAAACCACUUGACUGUGAUGGGUUAUCACGAUUUGAUGAAGAAUAGAUAAGAUUACAAGGAUAUAACUAGAGAUCCUAUACCUCUUGAAUUAAUAUCUUCUCAUGAUAAUUCACUUUCUUAUGGUCUCCCUGAAAGAAAUGGUACAUAUGAAAUAGUUUUUACUAAUGAGCAUCAAACUAAAACAUUAAACAUAAGUUUAUCAAUAAAUUCAAGAGAUAUGCUUUUAGUACCUCUUACUUACUAGAUAGAACAUGCUAUGACUGCUAAAUCUAUUAAUUAUUAUGAAGUUAUUGCUCCUAAGAACGGUUACAUUACUCUUACUAUUACUCAUUGCACUGGUGAUUUCAUACUUGGCACAACUUAGGACUAUGAUGAUUUCUUAUAACAAGAAUAUAAUGCUGAGUUUAAAUCUGUUCCAGGAUCUUCAAAUGUCUUUAGCUUCAAAGUGAAUAAAGGACCUGUUUUCUUCUCAGUAAAAACAUCAUUAGAAGAGUCUUUCUUUAAACUUCGUCCUGACUUUUUCACACAAUAAAAAUUGAUUCCUCAUAAUACUAUUGUUGCAGGUAAUGAAGGCGUGAUCUAUCAUAAGAGAAAAGUAGGUGGCUAAACUGAAAUUACCUUUACACCUAUUAUGUGCUCUUCUUGUUCAGAUGAAAUUAGAAAUAAAGCAAAGGUGCAAUAUGAUGUAAUAUAUUCUACUGAUGUCGAAAUAUUAAACGUUUUGGGCAAAUGUGGCGCUAAAAACUACUAUGAGCACGACGCUAAGAACUAACUUCACUUUAAGAAUAAUGUUGAUCCAAAAUUAGUUUUAUAAGAAGAUAAUGUCAAGCAAAAGACACUCUAUUUCGAUUUGCAAGACUCUUAAGAUAUAAAAUUCAAUAUUAAUCUUGAUGAUGAUGACAAAGUAUAUUACCUUAGUGUUGUUGCAACUAUCUCAAGCAUACCAAAUAAAGAUUUGAAGGAGAUGAAAGUCUUCUAUGAGAAUUCUUAAGUUGGAAAAGUGUAAGUAUUUGUCUAAGGCGAAGCUAGUGUAUAUGCUUUCUUGUUUGCAUGCAUACUAAUCAUGAUUUUCUUCUGCAUGACUACCUGCCUUUUCUGGAGAAAAUACAAAAGCAUGUAAUAAGGUUUAGAAGUUUCCCAUAAAUGGAGAGACAUUGAAAUGUAACGUGAAAGAAGAAAAUAACGUGCUUAGGAAAAGCUUAACGACUCUUCUAUUGGAGUACAAGAUACUACCUAAGUUGAAGUAACUAGUAGAGGCAAUAAUAUAGAUGACUCUUUUGAUGGAAAACCAUUCUAAAACCCUGAUUUAUUGCCUUCAGAAAAUGAUUUAAGCUCUCACUUUAAGAAUGACGCUGCUCCUAAACAAGAAGCAUAAGCUUAAUAGGAGAAUCCUUUUGACAGAAUAUAAAUUAAAAUAAACCCUCCUCCUAGCUAAUCUACCAAAGCAGGUUAUGAUUAAUUAAUAGAUGAAAAUUGA